UUGCGUUUAGCUUUCUGAUUGGUUGGUUAAAAUUUUCAUUAUAAAUCCAUGCUUUGUGCAUGGAUUUAUAUGAGUCGUCCACAUCUAUUAUUUUUUAAAACUUACAAAUGGAAUGUAAUUCUUCACAAACAUAUAAUUAACAUAAUAACAUUCUCGUAAUUAUUAUUAAUUAAUCAAAUCCUAAGCGAGCGCCGGCAUUCGCAAACCUAUUGUUCUUCUAUUGUGUCUCGAAUUACCACGAUUAAAAGGUCAAUA